AUGCAUCAAAACAAGGAAGAGGAAGAUUUCGAUGCACAUAUGCACUUUGAAGGCGUCAUGCCUUCUUUCAACGGUCUGGAUUUGCAAGCUGCUCUCCAACGUCGUCUCUAUCUUCUUGGCCAGACCUAUCCCGCAGCGAUGUGGCUCAGCCGGGAAUUUGUCUUCCUGGACGCCCUCGACCCACCACGAUACCGCUCCCGACGGUCACAGUUCAUACGCCAGCGAAGAGGAGCUCGGAGGGUACCGUCCCUCAGGCGAGAGACAGCCGGUGCACCACCAAACUCGGAGACCUAA